GACCAGCCCGUGGUGGCGGAACAGGAUCAGCCGGCGCGGCUGGCCGCCCUCCAGGGGGGGCCCUCAAACGGGCGGGAGGACGAGCCACCCACGCACGUCCGGGCCGGGGACCCGACCAGGGGGGAAUAUGAUUGGUUCACCCCCUUCCCCGGGCGGGACGACGUCUUGGAUCGGUGCUGCAACGGUCCGGACUUCGGCUUCACCGAGAACCACCAUAAGGCGCAUCGCCUCAACCCAGUUGGAGACCCGGACGACCCAGAGGAGGAGGCGCGGGAGGCCGGAAUGCAGGCCAUUAACGCGCGCUCCGAUGUGCGGGAGUUCCUCAAGGGGGGGCCCUCCCGGCACCUGGAGGCCGCGGUCAAGAACCACCUCCUGGAGGAGCACCUGGCCUCGACGGCGACAGGAGGGGUGCUCGCCGUGCUCCGGAGGAUCGUGGACGGACCCAACUGGAAGCUGGUCCGGGAGGCCGCCGACUGCCUCGAUCGGCUCGCGCCUGAGCCUGGCGGCACCCGGGGGGGGGGCGUCCGCCCCCCAGACCGCAGAGGUUACGCCCGGCUCCUCCAAGCCCCGGACGCGGGGGACGGGGUAGGGCGGGGGGCCCUCCAAAUGGAUGGAGGGGAGUGGGACAUGCUCGACUUCCACGACCGCCUCCCCCUCAGAGAGGGCCCUCUCCUCGCGGAGCGCUUGGGCAUCCAGGAGGACUGUGAGAGAAAGCAGUGCGUCCUCCUGAGCGCGGUGGGCGCCGCCCUCUGGGCCCGUGAGGGAAGGGGGCCGCCCAGCCUCGCGGAGGUCUGGGCGCACGCGCUCACGGCCAGAGCGGAGCAGCUGGACCAGGAUGUCGUCCUAAACGUCGUGGUGAUGGACUACGGUGGGAAGGUGACCACGCACCUUCUGGAAGAAGCGGGAGGGGAUGCGUGCCUGGGAGCCCUCCAUCAGACUCUUCGGAGGGAGGCCACGGUCAUGAAUGGCUGGGAGGAGUUCCUCAACCGCGACGCCCGAGGCACGGAGGUCUCCUGGAGCACCUACGUCAAGUGCCAGGCAUGCGAGGAGCGCCCCGCGGCGAGGGAGCUGUGGGAGGAGCUCGUCUCGGAGCACCCCGGAGCUUUGGGGGGCGCGCCCGCUUUCCGCUGGGGACCCCGCUUCAAGGAGGUGUUCGCGGGAACCGCGGGGGUGACCCGCGCGGUGGAGCAACUGGGCAUCCCAGCGGACGAGCCCGUGGAGCUGUACCGGAACCCCCUGCACCCCAAGGAGUCGGAGAGGAGGGAGGACCACGACCUCUCGAACCCCGACGUCGCCGAGGCCCUGGUCAAAGAGGCAGAUACUCCCCCGGGCCCGGGAGUGGCCAACGUGUGGAUGUUCGAAAACCCGUGUACCUCCAUCUGCGACCACAACACCAAAGGGGGCACCCGCACCUGGGAGAAGCCGGAGGGGGCCGGUGUAAACGGCAAGGAGCUCUUGGGAAACGCCCUCUCCCAGACCACGGUAAGGUGCAUGCGGAACCUUCAUAAAUGGGGGAAGGGGUGGAUCUUCGAGAACCAGGAGCAUAGAGGGGUAUAUCCCAAGGUCUACGACCUCCCGGAGGAGUGGUUGGAAAUCCUGGAGGAGACCGGUGCCGUGAUCAUCCCGGGAACGAUGUGCGCCUGGGGCCUCCAUCCCUCAGACGCUUCGUCCCCCCAUCAGUUCUAUCGCAAGGGGUGCUGGCUGGUCGUCUCCGCGAACCUGGCCCCCUUCUUCACGAAGCUCCGGAGACCCUGCCCCGGUCUCUCCCCGGUGCACCAGCACGUGGAACUCAGGGAUAACGUCCCAGGGGCGGGCAUCAAGCGGACAAGGGAAGCCGCCCAAUACCCCCCGCGCUUCGCCCGCGCCGUGGCGCUGGCCAUUUGGACGGACUGGGCGCAGGAGCUGUGCACCCAUUGCGCGGACAACCCCAAGUACUCCCCCGAAGUUGUGAAGGAGGGGGCCCGACUCGGUGAUGGCCUAGUCCAGGCGGCAGGAGGCUGGAAGAAAGCAGUCGACUGCUACCGAGAGGCCUGGACGAGCCGGUGGGGGAACAACCUGGACGGGGUCUUCAAGGAGGAGCUAUGCGAGCUGCUCGACCCCGACCUCAGGGAUUACCUCCACCAGAUGGUGAAGGGCGGGGUUCCCGCCCGCCAACCGCUGGCCCAGGUUCGGGCCCCCUCCAAACCGCACGUGGGCGUGCAGGGGCACAUGGGGGAGGCGAUGGAGAAGUUGUGGAAGGAGCUGGUCUGGACCGGAGGGGGCGCCACCGAGACCCGGGUGGGGGCCGCCGACUGGUCAAACGGGGUGUGCGGGGUCAUGGAUGUCAAGGAGGUCAUGGAGCCGUUCCACGCGGAGGAGAUGAACCGCCUCGGCUUGGAGGAGAUCGACCUCAAGGGACCCUGGAGGGAAGUGCUCGCGGGGGCGGAGAAAGGCCGCCCUUUGGUCCUCCCUGGAGACUCGGAGGAGGGACGCCGGCUGGCUUACCAGCUGGUGGAGCGCCGCCGGGCGCGGGGACCGCCCGCCGGACCCUUGGCCGGGGCGCAGGUCUUCGAGUGGCGUGCGACCCUCUCCCCCUACUGCCGGGUGGCCGGAGAGAUGGGGGCACGGAUCGGAGCCACCACCCCCAAUCCCGGUUCAGCCGUGAGCCACCCCUGGUGGGAGGUCCACCAGAAUCGACUCGUGGCCGACCGGGCCGGGCGGGCCAGGACCGCGGUGAAGGAGACUUGGGUCACCUGCUCCAGUGGCAGCGACCCCACCGGCCGAGAGGCCCUCUACUUCGUGCGGUACGCGCUCUCCCACGCCGCCACCUUCGUCGUGCUGGACGGACCCCUGGACCAGGAUCUGGGGGGAGCCCGCGAGGUCUUGCAGGAGGGUGGGUACGACACUGCGGAGAGCGUGGUGCGCACCCACCUCCUUGGGGACCGGUGCGCCAGGUCGCGCCGCCUCCUCCUUGCCUGGAGAGACGGGGGGAACUGGGGGGGCGCCGCGCUCGCACUCCUGCGGCGGGGCGAGCGAUUGGCCCCACUGAACCUCAGCAGCGCCCUGUUGACGCCCGAGGCGGUCCUUCCGGAGCUCUACAUGCAGGAGGAGGAGGGGAGGGCCCACUGGCGCCACUUCAAGGUCCCUGAGAGGGCCGACCGCGGGGAGGGAGGGCGCCCCACCGCCCUCCGGGCGGCCGGGACCUGGAAGAGCACCCGGGAGUCGGAGGGGGGCGUCAGGGUCAUCCUUAGCCCGAUGAGCAGCGGGCCCGACUACCCACUCUGGCACCCUGACGAGGUCUCCGGGCACUACCCCGUGCUAUUGGAAGACACGCGGGGGGAUGGCACCCCUCGGGUGAGGCGCUUCGAUCCCAAGGAGGCCUGGCAGAUUUCCGGGGGCCUCCUUCACGAUUGGCGGGAGGGAACCCGAGCGGGGGUCCCUGAGGAGGUGCUCCUCAUGGGCGCCGCCCGCUCCAUGCCGCCCGUCUCCGCGCACCAAGUGCCGUGGGCAGCGGCCAGCGCGAGGGUGGGCCUCCUCGCGGAGGGAGCCCGGGCAGGGGUGUGCCGAGAUCCUGAUGAGGACUUCAUGGCCGCGGCCAACGCGACGUGGUUCAGCGCCUGGAAGGCUAACCCCGAGGACCCCCGGACUGCUUAA